AUGUCUGGACGCGGCAAGGGCGGCAAGGGCCUCGUGAGUCGACCCGUGUGCGAUCCGCUCACACACUGGGGUAUCACAAAGCCCGCUAUUCGCCGUCUCGCGCGCCGUGGUGGCGUCAAGCGUAUCUCGGGGCUUAUCUACGAGGAGACGCGUGGUGUUCUCAAGAUCUUCCUCGAGAACGUCAUCCGCGACUCGGUCACGUACACCGAGCACGCCAAGCGCAAGACGGUCACGUCGCUCGACGUCGUGUACGCCCUCAAGCGCCAGGGCCGCACGCUCUACGGCUUCGGCGCCUAA